AUGAUCAGCGACGCUAGCCACCCAGGUCCAGCAUCUGGCAGCAGCCCUGAUCCAGCUGGCAGUUCCUGCCCAAUGCCGCCUUCUCCAGCGCCCACAAUGCUGGGAGCGGCACCGGUCGUGUUCCAGGCCCUGGUCAAUGAUGUGCUGAGGGACACGCUCAAUAAGCACAUGUUCGUGUACUUGGAUGAUAUCCUGAGCUUCUCCAGGUUCAAGGAGGAGCAUGUGCAUCACGUCCAGGCAGUCCUUCAGUGCCUACUAGAGAACUUUAUUUUCGUCAAGGCCGAAAAUGAGAGCAAGGAGGAUGGAAAGAAGAAAGAAAAAGAGUCAAAGUCGCCUAUGGUUGGCCCCAUUGAACUGUUUAGGUUUGCAAACGGCUUGGACAUUGUGAUGAUCCUGGUUGGGACAGUCUGUGCCAUAAUCAAUGGUAUAGUGCUUCCUCUCAUGUGUAUUGUGUUUGGGGAAAUGACAGACAGCUUUGUAGACAACGCCAUGACGACACAAAUCAACAACAGCUACCCCAAUAUCACCAUCACACCAAAAAACAGCACCUUAGAGGAAGACAUGACGCGCUUUGCCAUCUACUACUCCAUCAUGGGUUUUGUCGUGCUGGUGUUUGCCUAUGGGCAGGUGGCCCUCUGGAGCUUGUCAGCCGGGCGGCAAGCCGCACGCAUCCGCAAGUUGUUCUUCCACUGCAUUAUGCAGCAGGACAUCGGCUGGUUCGAUGUCAAUGAAACAGAAGAGCUCAACACACGUCUCACAGAUGAUAUCUAUAAAAUCCAAGAGGGUAUUGGCGACAAGGCCGGGAAGCUUAUCCAGGCCCUCAGCUCCUUCGUCACAGCCUUCACCAUCGGCUUUGUCAAAGGCUGGAAACUCACUCUCGUCAUCCUGGCUAUAAGCCCUGCGCUGGCCCUUUCAUCCGGAAUUUUCUCUAAGGUGAUGGCGACUUUCACUUCUAAAGAGCAGAGUGCAUAUGCCAAAGCUGGAGCUGUGGCAGAAGAGGUGCUCUCUGCUAUUAGGACAGUGUUUGCCUUCAGUGGUCAGGACAGAGAAAUCAAGAGAUAUAAUAAGAACUUGGAGGACGCAAAAAAGAUGGGCAUAAAGAAGGCGUUAUCUGCUAACCUUGCCAUGGGCUUCACCUUUUUGUUGAUCUACCUGUUCCAUGCUCUGGCCUUCUGGUACGGAAGUACACUCAUCGUGGCUGGGGAGUACACCAUUGGAACUUUACUCAUUGUGUUCCUUGCUGUGAUUAUUGGAGCGUUCACUAUGGGACAGGCCGCUCCUAAUGUCGAGACCUUUGCCAGCGCCCGGGGAGGUGCACAUAAAGUAUACAGCAUUAUUGAUCAUAAACCGGCUAUAGACAGUUAUUCAGAGGCCGGCUUCAAGCCUGAUUCCAUCACAGGAAACAUAGAGUUCAAGAACAUCCACUUCAGCUACCCAUCGAGACCGGACAUCACAGUAUUAAAUAACUUCUCUCUGAGUGUGAAGAGUGGACAGACCAUUGCCUUGGUGGGUAGCAGCGGUUGUGGUAAAAGCACCACAAUCCAGCUGUUGCAGAGGUUCUAUGAUCCUAAAGAAGGAUCGGUGAAUAUUGAUGAUCACAACAUCCGUUCUCUUAACGUCCGCUACCUGAGAGAGAUGAUCGGAGUGGUGAGUCAGGAGCCCAUCCUCUUUGCCACCACCAUCGCUGAGAACAUCAGAUACGGCCGACUAGACGUGACUGAGAAUGAGAUCAAACAAGCUGCCAAGGAGGCUAACGCUUAUGACUUCAUUAUGAACUUUCCUGAUAAGUUUGAGACGAUGGUUGGAGACCGAGGGACUCAAAUGAGUGGAGGACAAAAGCAGAGGAUUGCGAUUGCUCGAGCUCUAGUCCGCAACCCCAAAAUCCUUCUGUUGGACGAAGCCACAUCCGCUCUUGAUGCUGAGAGUGAGACCAUUGUGCAAGCUGCACUCGACAAGGUCCGACAGGGUCGUACCACCAUAAUUGUUGCCCACCGCCUCUCAACCAUCAGAAACGCUGACGUCAUCGCUGGCUUCCAGAACGGUGAAGUUGUAGAGCUGGGAACUCACAGCCAACUGAUGGAAAAACAGGGAGUCUACCAUACACUGGUUACCAUGCAGACCUUUGAGAAAGCCAAGGAGACGGAGGAGGCAGAGUGUGAGCAGUCUGCGGAUGAGAAGAGUCCGUUAGUCAAGUCCCUCCCUCGGUCUUCUCUGCGCAGGAGGAAGUCAACAAGAGGUUCCUCCUUCUCUGCCUCAGAGGGAGACAAAGAGGUGAAAGAAAAGUUCAAGGAUGACGGGAUAGAAGAGGAUGAAAAUGUUCCCCCUGUGUCGUUGCUUAGCGUGAUGCGUCUCAACAUUUCCGAGUGGCCAUACAUUUUGGUGGGGACCAUCUGUGCCAUCAUCAACGGAGCAAUGCAGCCACUGUUUGCGAUCAUCUUCUCCAAGAUCAUCAAUGUGUUUGCAAGUACAGAUCCAGCGGUUGUCAGCCAGGGAGCCUCAUUCUUUUCUCUGAUGUUUGUUGUUAUUGGAGUUGUAAGCUUUGUCGCCAUGUUUCUACAGGGCUUCUGUUUUGGUAAAUCUGGAGAGAUUCUGACCCUUAAACUGAGACUCGGGGCCUUUAAGGCCAUGAUGAGACAAGACCUCGGCUGGUAUGACGACCCCAAAAACAGUGUUGGAGCGCUCACCACGAGACUGGCCGCAGACGCAGCCCAAGUACAAGGGGCAACAGGAGUACGUUUGGCCAUGCUGGCCCAGAACAUAGCCAACAUGGGCACCGCUAUGAUCAUCUCCUUUGUCUACGGCUGGGAGCUGACCCUGCUCAUCCUGGCUGUGGCGCCCAUCAUUGCAUUGGCUAAAGCUGUGGAGAUGCAGGCACUCACCGGACACGCUGCCGAAGACAAGAAGGAGCUGGAGAAGUCUGGAAAGAUUGCUACAGAGGCCAUCGAGAAUAUCCGUACUGUCGUCUCUCUUAACAGAGAACCCACAUUUGAGUUGUUGUAUCAGGAAAACCUCAAAGUACCACUCAAGAACUCCCAGAAAAACGCCCAUGUACAUGGUAUUACCUUCUCCUUCACCCAGGCCAUGAUCUACUUUGCUUAUGCAGGCUGUUUCCGCUUUGGAGCUUGGCUCAUUUUGCAAAGAAGGAUGGAUUCUGAGGGAGUAUUCCUUGUGGUUUCGGCUCUUCUGUACGGUGCCAUGGCUAUCGGAGAGGCCAACGCCUUCGCUCCAAACUAUGCUAAGGCCAAAAUCUCAGCUUCCCACCUCCUGAUGCUGCUGAACAAAGAGCCCGCCAUUGACAAUCUUUCACAGGAGGGAGAAACACCGGACAAUUUUGAUGGUAACGUGCACUUUGACAAUGUUAAGUUUAACUACCCAUCGCGCCCUGAUGUGCCCGUCCUCCAAGGGCUGAAUCUGACGGUGAGAAAGGGAGAGACUCUGGCCUUGGUGGGGAGCAGCGGCUGUGGAAAGAGCACCACCAUCCAGCUGCUGGAGAGGUUUUACGACCCCAGAGAGGGGAGAGUGCUGCUGGACAAUAUGAAUGCAAAAAAACUGAAUAUCCACUGGUUGAGAUCUCAGAUAGGCAUCGUAUCACAAGAACCCGUGCUGUUCGAUUGCACCUUGGGCGAAAACAUCGCCUAUGGAGACAACAGCCGCACUGCAACCCAGGCGGAGAUAGAGGAAGCUGCCAAAGCGGCCAACAUUCACAGCUUCAUAGAAGGCCUGCCAAAGAAGUACGACACUCAGGCAGGUGAUAAGGGAACGCAGCUGUCAGGUGGCCAGAAGCAGCGUGUAGCCAUAGCCCGAGCCAUGCUGCGCAACCCCAAAGUGUUGCUCCUGGACGAGGCCACCUCCGCACUCGACACUGAGAGUGAGAAGGUGGUGCAGGAGGCGUUGGACGAGGCCAGUAAGGGCAGGACAUGUAUCAUUGUGGCCCACCGUCUAUCCACCAUCCAAAAUGCAGACCGCAUCGUUGUCUUCAACGGAGGAGUGGUGAUUGAACAGGGGACACAUCAACAGCUGCUGGCCGAAAAGGGAGUCUACCACAUGCUGGUCACCAAACAGAUGGGCCACAGGAGGGAAUAAGAGGACGGGGAGAGGACACAAGCAGCUAUACUACACCGAUUGUUUUUUAUUUUCAUGUUUCCAGAGAUAUGUAUGAUUCCCUGCCAAGCUUCAGUGGAACAGUUCAGGUUCAGACCUGAAAAGACACAGGUCCAGGUCUUGUUGGGAUAUUUGACUCAGUGACCUUUUAGCCUUGUAAGAAUCUUUAGCCCCUUUCACACAGCCUGUUCAAGGCAGGACUGUUGCGCUAUUAUUCCGCCUUGCUGUUCUGUAUGAAAAACAUGGAGAUUGAAUUUGGGGACGGAGUUGUUCCGCCGCUGAGCGCGGCUCUCUGAAGUGUAGAUGGCGUUCAAUACUGUUUUUAUUUAUUGAUGAAUUCAUAUUUCAUUUGUAAAUUCUUAUUAUAAUUCUUCUUUUUAUUGCCCAUUAAAAUGUCAAAUAAUGAA